AAAAACAGAAAGAAACCAAACAGCAAAAAGAAAAACACAAUGAAGAUGAAAAUAAGUCUACAAACUCUAAUAAAACCAGAAGACAAGAAAUCGAGCAAGGAAGGAAGGGAUAAAUAAGCGCGCAAGUUAGCCAAAUUACAUCAAUCGCCGGGUUUGAAGAAUGAUUAUCAAACGGAAAUUGAAACGAAUGCCACGUAGUAACGAGGAAGAGGAAGGUGGAGCUUGUCGGAAGAAGAGGAAGGUUAGUUACUAUUACCCUCUCAGUCUUCUGGGGGAGAUAUCAGCAGGGAUAGUUCCAGGGAAACUCAACGGGAAGAAUGGGCUCUCUGCUUUGUGGUGCAAGGAAGUGUCUUCUUCUUCUUCUCCCCUUGAGGCUGAGGAGGAUGAGUCUAAGAGGAUAGUUUCUGAUCCUGGCCGUGGAAGGGAUCGCACGGCUGGUGUUUCACGGCCACCGCUUGUGAGGACAUCAAGGGGGAGAGUUCAGGUGCUUCCUUCUCGGUUUAACGACUCUGUUCUCGAGAAUUGGAGGAAAGAUAGUGGUGAAGAGAGGGAGGAAGAGGUUGAGGGAUGCAGGAAGGAGAAAGUCAAAGCUAAGUUCACUCCUAGGAACCAUAAGUACAAUAGUAGUAGUAAUGCAUUGUGUGAUGAUGAGGGUGAAGAUGAGGUUGUAAGGUAUAGUAAUAACGGCUUUGACUUGAGGAAGCAGACACGGACUAGUACGCUUGAGGAGGCACGUCCUAAGAAAGAGGGUGUUUAUGGGCCCGAGGAUUUUUACGCUGGUGAUUUGGUUUGGGGGAAGUCUGGGAGGAGUGAGCCGUUUUGGCCAGCUAUUGUUAUUGAUCCCAUGACGCAAGCGCCUGAGCUUGUUUUGCGCUCUUGUAUACCUGAUGCUGCAUGUGUCAUGUUCUUUGGUCACUCUGGGACUGAGAAUGAAAGGGACUAUGCAUGGGUCAGAAGGGGCAUGAUCUUCCCAUUUGUGGAGUAUGUAGACAGGUUUCAAGAACAGUCCGAGCUGCGUGGAUGCAACCCUGGUGAUUUUAAGAUGGCACUUGAGGAAGCUCUUUUGGCAGACCAAGGAUUCACAGAGAAGUUGAUGCAGGAUAUUCACAUGGCCGCUGGUAACCAGCCAUUUGAUGAAUCUGUAUAUGGAUGGAUUCAGGAAGCCGCAGGCUCGAGCCAAUAUCUUGAUCACGUUGCUCCAAGCCAGGACAUGUUGAAGAAAUAUAGAAAUCCAAGAGCCUGUGUAGGAUGUGGAAUGGUCCUUUCUUUUAAAAUGGCAAAGAAAAUGAAAGCUCUUCUUCCCGGAGACCAGUUAUUGUGUAAACCUUGUUCAAGAUUGACAAAACCAAAACAGGUUUGUGGUAUAUGCACAAAGACAUGGAAUCAUUCUGAUAGUCAGCGCUGGGUGCGUUGUGAUGGUUGUAAAAUCUGGAUUCAUGCAGUGUGUGAUCAAAUAUCGCAUAAGCAUUUUAAGGACUUGGGGGAAACAGAUUACUAUUGUCCAACAUGCAGAACAAAGUUUAACUUUGAUCUAUCAGAUUCAGAGAAACAAGAGUCAAAAUCCAAACAUGGCAAAAACAGUUCUCCCAUGGUGCUUCCUGACAAGGUUAUUGUUGUAUGCACCGGAAUUGAAGGCAUAUAUUUUCCAAGUCUUCAUUUAGUCGUGUGCAAGUGUGGAUCUUGUGGACCCGAAAGGAAAGCACUUAGUGAAUGGGAAAGGCAUACUGGUUCAAAAGCAAAAAAUUGGAAGACUAGUGUUAAAGUUAAAAGCUCCAAGCUGCCCCUAGAAGAAUGGAUGAUGAAAUUAGCAGAGUUCCACGCAAAUGCUACUGCAGCAAAACCUCCUAAACGACCUUCUAUAAAGCAGAAAAAGCAGAGGUUGCUUUCCUUUCUUAGAGAGAAAUAUGAGCCGGUCAAUGUGAAGUGGACAACAGAGCGAUGUGCAGUUUGCAGAUGGGUUGAAGAUUGGGACUACAACAAGAUCAUUAUUUGCAACAGAUGCCAAAUAGCAGUUCAUCAGGAAUGCUAUGGGACGAGAAACGUUCGUGACUUCACAUCAUGGGUCUGCAAAGCCUGCGAGACCCCUGAGAUCAAACGAGAGUGUUGCCUCUGCCCUGUAAAAGGAGGUGCAUUGAAGCCAACUGAUGUGGAGACACUGUGGGUUCACGUGACAUGUGCUUGGUUUCAGCCUGAAGUAUGUUUUGCCAGUGAUGAAAAAAUGGAACCAGCGUUGGGGAUUUUGAGUAUUCCAUCAAGUAAUUUUGUGAAGAUCUGUGUGAUUUGCAAGCAAAUACAUGGCUCAUGCACUCAGUGUUGCAAGUGCUCUACUUAUUAUCAUGCCAUGUGUGCCUCCCGAGCUGGCUAUAGAAUGGAGUUGCACUGCUUGGUGAAAAAUGGUCGACAGAUUACAAAGAUGGUGUCGUAUUGUGCUUUUCACAGGGAGCCGAAUCCAGAUACUGUGCUAAUAAUACAAACGCCUUCAGGUGUCUUCUCUGCCAAAAAUCUUGCUCAAAACAAAAAGAGUACAGGUUCUAGGCUUAUUUUAGCAAACAGAGAAGAAAUUGAAGAGCCGCCUGCUGAGGAGGCUGUACCAGUUGAUCCAUUUUCUUGUGCUCGUUGUCGAGUGUUUAAAAGAAAGGUUAAUAGCAAGAAGAGGACUGAAGAAGAAGGUAUUCCUCACCACACUGGAGGACCACGUCAUCAUCCUGCAGCAGCGAUCCAAGCUCUGAAUGCAUUCAGGCAUGUAGCAGAAGAACCCAAAUCAUUUUCCUCAUUCAGGGAACGGCUUCACCACCUGCAGAGGACUGAAAUGGAUAGGGUGUGCUUUGGUCGAUCUGGGAUACAUGGAUGGGGUCUUUUCGCGAGAAGAAAUAUCCAAGAAGGAGAAAUGGUUCUUGAAUACCGCGGGGAACAAGUGAGAGGAAUCAUUGCAGACUUAAGGGAAGCAAGAUAUCGUAGGGAAGGGAAGGAUUGCUAUCUGUUUAAGAUCAGUGAGGAAGUAGUGGUGGAUGCUACAGAAAAAGGGAAUAUCGCUAGACUAAUAAACCAUUCAUGUAUGCCGAAUUGCUAUGCAAGGAUAAUGAGUGUAGGAGAUGACGAAAGUCGGAUUGUGCUGAUUGCCAAGGCCACCGUACCUACUGGGGAGGAGUUAACAUAUGAUUAUUUGUUUGAUCCAGAUGAGCCGGAUGAAUUCAAGGUGCCAUGUCUAUGCAAAUCUGCCAACUGCAGGAAAUUCAUGAAUUAGAGAAAACUUUGUUGGAGCUGCUCUUUACACUUGAGAUUUGAGAAGAAGAAGAAGAAGAAGAAGCCAAGAAGCUGACUACUACUAACACAGGAAGUCGUUGCAGUCCACGCUUGAAUAGGAGUACUCUCUCGGGGAGCUUGAAGCUGAUGAAACAGAACCUUUACAGAGACACACAUCUUUUGAUAUCCUAAUAAGGCACUUCUUCAGUUAUUAAUAGAAGCUCCUAGGUUGUUUUUUGUUUUUGUAGGUAAGAAAGAAAGACUAGAGAGGUUUGUAGUUUAGUCAUUUCUUAUAUCCCAUUUUCUGUAUAGCUAACUCUUCAAACCUUUUCUUUUAGGUUUUUUUUUUUCAAUGACUCAAAUAUCAAAAAGCAACAAAAAUAGACUUGAAAGCA